AUAUAUAUAUAUAGUUAAAAAUAGACUUCAAUACUCUGAUGACAAUUGUGAAUUUAUUCAUUUUAUCGAUCCAUCCCAUACUGUUUAUAUACCCCGCGGUCGAUAGACCACUGAAAGGGGGAGAAAAGCUGGUUAACUUAAUUGUUUAUUCGAUAAUGGCUGUUUUUAGGAGAGUAUCAUAACUGCAGUGACAAAACAAUAAGUCGCUCUUGUCAAAAACUCGAUUUUCUUCUCUUCACGAUUGACCUUCAAUCCGACCAAUCACCUAUGAGAUGAACCUGAUUGGUUGAUCGUAUUUAACCUGUCUAAUGCAAUUUUUGAUACGCUUAAAUUACAUUUGCAUGCAUUUCAUAAAUAAUUACAGACAAAUAUGUGGAACAUUUAACAUUCCUGAAUUAAACUAAGAAUUAAAUAAUAAAGGAAGUAUUACUUUAAUUGAAGCACCAUAACUUUAUAUGCUUCAGUCAAGUAGUCUGGAAGUGUUCAACUCCUCAUCAUUAUCAGCCAAAAGCAGAUCAGCUGAAGGAGAUAAAAUUCACACUUAUGCUAAAGAAAAAAAUUCUACUUUAUUGGAUCAAAUAGUUACUAGUAGCAUUACUAGUAGUGGAUACUGGGAAGAUUGUGAUUCACUUGUUACCAGUGAAUAUGAUAUAUUUGGAGUGAAUUGGGCUAAUUCUCACCACAAUGAACGAAUAAAAGGUUUGAAAACAAAACACAGAUCGUUAACGGAGGGUGGUAUUCCAUUAUCUUUGGUGAGAACUCGAAGUUUUCAUGCAAGACAGGGAGAUGCUACCGGAAGAACAUCACCCUUCGGUGAGGAUUUUACUACUGAACUUCAUCUAAGUUCAAAUGUCAAUACUGGCUGUUAUGAAUCACAACAUUCAAAUGUAUCUCAAAACAGUAAUUCCGACAGUAUUCGACUUUCAUUAGGAGAUAAUGAUGGUACAGAUUUACAAAAGAAUUCGCUAGUGAGUAUAUUUCAUUGCUUAACCUAAUAUAUUCUUUAUUUUCUAUAACUUCACUUCAAUAUUAUGACUACUAAUCGAUUUUUGAACUGUUUGUAUUGAACAACAUAUUUACCUACUAACGAUUCAAGAGAACGCAGUACACGAACUCUCUGCAUAAUUAAUGAUGAGUCAGAAAAUAACUAACAUAAAUAACGUGAAGUUAUUCACUAUCAUAUCCAGCGUUUCAGAUGCUUUUUCAUAUUUUCAUGAAAUAUCUUCAGAUGAAUUUGAUUCAAUCACAUCAGAUUUACUAUUGUGCAAUAAGAGUUAUCCUUCUGCUCAAAAUAUCCACCCAGUCCCCAGAGUUUAUGAUGAAACAAGAGACACCAGAAGAAAAAUCUACACUCACUUUGAUGAAUGGGACGACAGUGAAGAGGAGGAAGUUUUUGAAAGAAAGGAACCUAGGACAAAAUUUGAGGCUGCUCUACGAAGAGCUGAAGAGGAGAGUAAAAGGCGACAGGCAUUGCUGGCAGAGAAAGAUUAUACGAUAGCAGGCAAAUUAAUGCCUGAAUGGGGUUCACCUAUUCGAACCAGAACCACUGCCAAUAUGGAUAGACUUAAUCAGUGUUCUGUUGUGUCAGAUAUGCCGUCAACUACCAAAAAUUCUCCCCGAGUGGGUAGAUCUGUUGAUCUAUGUAGCGAAGUUGAAGAAUGGCUACAGUCAAGACCUUCAUGGAUAGAUCGACGACAUCAGGAGAAUAAUCUAGCACUACAAAUUUGCUUUCUAAACUCUUCCGAACAAAACUUAUUCUCUUCAAUGGAAGCAAUAAUUUCUGAGCCUCAGGUGAAUACAAAAAUAAUUCAGACUGAAACGAAUUCUGUCACUUUACCUAAUAAUACAACUCCUGUUACUACAACAACAGUAACAACAGCUACUACUAAUUUCACAGUUAUUGAUGCUACUAGUACAAUGGACUCCGAUAGUGAUGGUUUAAAGCAAAUUGUAAUGAACGGUGAUUUAUCGAAGUCGAAACACACAAACAAGGAGGAUAUAAUGAAUACAUCAACAACGGGCAGGUCAUCACUAUUCUUGGCCUUCGAAUCAUCUGUCAACUUAAUUUCCUUGUUAAACGAGAUCGAUAUGUAUUAUGAACGCCUGCUUGAUCAGUGUAAACAUGACUGCUACAAUGCACGAUCUGUUGUCUAUCUACAAGAACUAAUACGAAAUCAUAAACGAUUUCAGUCAGAAACUCAAAUAGCUGUUGUUCAGGUCCCUAAAAUAUCUGCAAUGCAAGCAGAGGUUGAGAGAAUGAAGAUUCCGUCACUCUCUCCGAAUGUGGCAAAACUGCUUCGAAUCGACUUGAAACGUUUCAGAAUGUGCAAAAAUGAAUUAAUUAAAUUUUCUGCUUCUCAACUGGAAGUUAUUAUGAAUGAUCUCCAUGCAAGGAUAGAAGGUCUAAACGAUUCCCUUAUGUUGUUAUUAGUUGAAAGAGAUGAUCUUCACUUAGAACAAGGUGGCAAAAUGGUUGCCUUGGAGGAUAUAAAGUCGUGGAUCAAAGAAUUGAGUAUUCGUUCACUAAUUCCCCAAGUCAGGCGCCAAUUUUUCCUCAAUCUUCCAAGCAAUUUAUCAAGCAGCGUUUAUAAUGAUGGUCUUUUUCCAAAAUCUCAAACCCAUCACCCUCUCACAAAGAAACCACAAUGGAUGACAUCUUUAUUUGGCCGAGUAUCACAGCGACAGACUCUGUCACUAUAAAAUGAAUUCACCUUCAUCAGUCAAGAGGAAACUUUUUAUAUCAAUUUUAGAUUCAAUUCAUUCUGAUGAUCCCCAAAAAUGCGUUUCCUUCAUUACCUUUAAUUCACCAUACACUUUACCUUGUCGUGACAUAACUAUGAGUCUGAUUUAAAAUUUUAUACAGGUACCUACAGGAUGAGAAAAAAACAUUUUACAGAAAUAGCAGUAAUUACAAAAGAAUCAAAUUUAUCAGUCAGAAAAUAUUACUUCUCAUCCUAUCUAUCUUCUGUUUAUGUACUCAGAUAUUCAUCGGUUUUUUUUCUAUGGUAUUUGGAGACCUCAGUUAUAAAUUUUGUUCAUAAUUAAAAAUGUUUGCUGAUGGGUUAUUCCUUCCAACACUUACAAAAAAAUAUUGUUCUAAUUAUGUUAUAUUUUAAAAACUGAAACUAUUUUCCACUUUGGCAGAAUAAAGGAUAAAGCAAACUAUUUGAAUAAAAAGCCUUGAGAUUUUCCCAAUGC